AUGUUUAACAUUUAUUUAUUUUUUUUUUUUACUUUCUCACAAUUUGGUAAUAUAUACAAUAUAAGGGUAUGUGAAAUAAAAAAAAAAAAUUAUAUAAAUAAUUUAGAAAUAGGAAAUAUAAAAAGGGAUUAUAAUUUUAUAAAUUAUACUAAUGCUAAUAUGUUAUAUGAUAAGAAAAAAAAUAAAAUAAAAUUAUCUACUCAAAAUAAGUUAAAUCAAAAUAAAUUAUCAGAUUCUGAAAAGUUGACAAAUUUAAUUUUAGUUAUUGAUUAUGAUGGAACUAAUUAUAAAGGCUGGACAGGAAUUGAGAAUUCUAGUUCGGUUUAUUUAAAUGCUGUUUCUGGAUUUAAAAAUAUAAAAAGGUCAGAUAAUUAUAAUGCCAAUAUUAUAGAAAAAGUAGAAGAUAGUGAUUAUAGUUUUAAUAAUUUAACGAAAAAAUAUGAAACAGUACAAAAUUGUAUACUUAAUUGUUUGUUAAAAAUACAUGGAUAUGGAGAAAAUAUCAAUAUUAAUAAUUAUAAAGAAACUAAUUUAAAACCUUUUGAAUUUAUAGGGGUUAGUAGAACAGAUAAAGGUGUACAUGCUAAAGAAUAUGUUUGUCAAUAUAUUUCAUAUAAAAAAUUACCACCAUUUAAUGGAAAUUUGAAAAAAAUAAAAUUAUCUUUAAAUCGGUUACUAAAUAAAGAUAUAAAGGUUUUAGGAAUUUUUAAUGCACCUUUUAAUAAUUUUAAUGUUAGAUAUCAUAAUUUAGGAAAAAUAUAUACAUAUAAUGUUGAUCUUAGAAAACCAUCACAACCUUUAGAAAGAAACUUAUCAUGGCAAUUAUAUGACGACUCACGCUUUUCAUUUCUUUUGAAAGAUAAGUCAACAAAAUAUGAAACCGAUGCAAAGGGGCGUAGGAAUGGAAAUGAACAUAAAAGUGGAAAUAUCUAUGAUACAAGUUUGGCCUCCAUUUUUGGUGCACCCGAGAGUGGAAGCGAAAAUGAAAGCGGCAGCGUAAGCGGCAACACAAAUGGUGAUGCUGGCGAUGUUGGCGAUGUUGGCGAUGUUGGCGAUGUUGGCGAUGUUGGCGAUGUUGGCGAUGUUGGUGAUGUUGGCGAUGUUGGCGAUGCUGGCGACGCGGGGGACGGUGCAGCCGAUUUGGCCAUCCAGGAAAGAAUUGAGAAUAUCAUAAAAAAAGAAAAAGGAAAUUAUGGAGAAGAUAAAAUAAUACACUCACUAAAUAUAAUAAAUAAAAAAAAUGAAUAUAAAUCUUCUAUUUUAUGUGAUAUAGACAAAAUUAAAGAAUGUUCAAAAUUAUUUAUAGGAUAUCAUAAUUUUGAAUGUUUUAGAGGAAUUCUUAAAGGAACAGAAAAACAAAGAACUAUUAACACAUUUUGUAAUAUACAUUUUUUAGAUAUAUAUAAAUUAAAAGAUAAUUUAUAUCAAUUUAUAAUUCAAGGAGAUCGAUUUUUAUAUCAUAUGAUAAGAAUAAUUGUUGGAACCUUAAUACAAGUUGGGGUUGGAAUUUUAAAUUUUCAAGAUGUCAAAGAUGCUUUAUAUAAUUCUAAGCCACUUAAAGUUAAAUUGUGUGCACCUCCCCAAGGAUUAUGUUUGAAAAAAAUUUUAUUUCCACUAGAAAUUGAACACCUUGUUAAUUCAGCAAUUUUUUCUGAAUAA